AUUUAAAUUGGAGCCCGAGCCGCCCCCUCGCGGGUCGGGUUCCCGUGGGGCAGUGGAGCAGCCGUGGGCCUCCGCGGGCCGUGACCCCGGGGUCUGGCGCGGGGUGGGGCCGUGGGGGGGGCAGGUUUGCGCAAGAUGUGCCGGGGCUGCGCAGGAGAGGAGCAGCGGCCGCGCUGAGCCAGAGCCAUGAGCCACCAGAUCCUGCUGCUCCUGGCCGUGCUGACCCAGGGCCUGGCCACCUCCCAACAGGGAGACAAGGUGCCCUGUGAGAUGGUCGACAAGGAGGUCUCGUGCCAGGGUCUUGGCCUGCUCCAGGUCCCCUCGAUGCUCCCACGGGACAUCGAGGCCCUCGACCUAUCUGGAAACCAGCUGCGGAGCAUCCUGGCCUCACCCCUGGGCUUCUACAUGGCCCUUCGACACCUGGACCUGAGCACCAACGAGAUCAGCUUCAUCCAGACAGGUGUCUUCCAGGCCCUGCCCCACCUGGAGCACCUCAACCUGGCCCGUAACCGCCUGGCAGCGGGCACCGUGCUGAGCACCCCUGGUCUGGGCCCCCUGCCUCAUGUGACAUCUCUGGACCUGUCGGGGAACAGCCUGUACAGUGGCCUGGUGGAGCGGCUGCUGGGGGAGGCGCCCGCCCUGCGCGCCCUCUCGCUGGCCGAGAACAGCCUGACCCGCCUGGCCCGCCAUACCUUCUGGGGCACGCCUGCGCUCGAGCGGCUCGACCUGCACAGCAACGUGCUCAUGGACAUCGAGGACGGUGCUUUCGAGGCCCUGCCCCACCUGGCCCACCUGAAUCUCUCCAGGAACUCCCUCACCUGCAUCUCCGACUUCAGCCUCCAGCAGCUGCGAGUACUUGACCUGAGCUGCAACAGUAUUGAGGCCUUUCAGACGGCCCCCGAGCCCCGGGCCGAGUAUCAGCUGGCCUGGCUCGACCUGCGGGAGAACAAAUUGCUCCACUUCCCCGACUUGGCCGCGCUCCCGAGCCUCAUCUACCUGAACGUGUCCAACAACCUCAUCCGGCUCCCUGCAGGGCCACCCCAGGGCGGCGAGGGCAUCCACGCACCUUCUGAGGGCUGGUCGGCCUUGCCCUUCUCGAACCCCAGCCGGAACGCCAGCAGCCACCCCCUCUCCCAGCUCCUGAAUCUGGAUUUGAGCUACAAUGAGAUCGAGCUGGUCCCCGAGGGCUUUCUGGAGCCCCUGACCUCCCUUCGCUUCCUGAAUCUCAGUCGGAACUGCCUGCGAGGCUUUGUGGUGCUGCGCGCCGGCUUCCUGCCUUGCCUCGUGCACCUGGACGUGAGCCACAACGCGCUGGUGACGCUGGCGCUGGCCUCCAGAGCGCUGGGGUCCCUGCGGACGCUGCUCCUCCAGGACAACGCCCUGCAGGACCUGCCCCCGUACACUUUUGCUGGCCUGGCCAGUCUGCAGAGGCUGAACCUUCAGGGAAACCGGGUCAGGCCUUGUGGGGGGCCGGGGGAGCCUGGAGCCCUGGGGUGUGUGGCCUUCUCUGGCCUCUCCUCCCUCCGCAUCCUGAACCUGGUGGACAACGAGAUGGAGCGGCUGCGGGCAGGGGCCUUCCUCCACACGCCGCUUACCGAGCUGGACCUCUCUGCGAACCCCGGGCUGGACGUGGUCACAGGGGCCCUGGCAGGCCUGGAGGCCUCCUUGGAGGUCCUGGCCCUGCAAGGCAACGGGCUGGCCGUCUUGCAAGUGGACCUGCCCUGCUUCAGCUGCCUUAAGCGUCUCAACCUUGCCGAGAACCGCCUGAGCCGUCUGCCCGCCUGGACGCAGGCCGUGUCCCUGGAGGUACUGGACCUGAGGAACAACAGCUUCAGCCUCCUGCCCGGCAGCGCCAUGGGUGGCCUGGAGCCCAGCCUCCGGCGCCUCUACCUGCAGGGCAAUCCGCUGAGCUGCUGCGGCAAUGGCUGGCUGGCCGCCCAGCUGCACCAAGGCCGUGUGGACGUGGACGGCACCCAGGACCUGACCUGCCGCUUCGGCUCCCAGGACGAGGUGGCCCUGAGCCACGUGCGCCCCGAGGACUGUGAGAAGGGGGGGCUCAAGAACGUCAACCUCAUCAUCAUCCUCACCUUUGCGCUGGUCUCGGCCAUCCUCCUCACCACUCUGGCCACCUGUUGCUGUGUCCGCCGGCAGAAGUUCGGCCAGCAGUACAAAGCCUAGAGAAGCCGGGGGCGGCAGAACGGUGCAGCCGGGAGACCUGCCCAGCUUCUCUGGCGCACGAAGAGCUUGUGAGCGGA